GAGCGGCAUGGCCGGGGGCCGGGGGUGCCGCCGCCGCCCGGCCCUGCCCGCAGCCCUGCCCGCAGCCCUGGGGCUCUGCCUGUGCCUCUGCCUGCCGCCCGCCGCCGCCUGGAGCCCCGCCCUGCUGCCGCCCGCCGCCCGCAGCAACUGGUGCUCCUACACGGUGACACGGACGGUGUCGUGCCACGUCCAGAACGGGACCUUCCUCCAGAGGGUCUUCCAGGGCUGCCGCUGGCCCCUGGCCUGCAGCGGGGGCAGCUACCGCGCCGUGGUCCGGCCCCUCUACAGGGUGACCUACAGGACACUGACGGCACUGGAGUGGCGCUGCUGCCCCGGACACGCCGGCAGCAACUGCGAGCAAGAGGCUCACACCUCCGUCACCCUGCGGGACCCCGGGCGCCCCAGCGCCGCCCCCCGCCGGCCCCCCCUGCACCCCACGGCCUUCUCAGGGUGCCUGAACUGCAGCCGUGUCGGGGAGCUGACAGCCCGGCUCGCCACCCUCGAGGCGCAGGUGGCCCGGCUGGCGGUGGCCGAGCCCCCCAAAGGCAGCAGCCCGGGCAGGGGGCCCGAGGCCGGGCAGCUCUGGGGGUCCCCGGCCGCCCGCGGGAGCCCCGGCGAUGACGGGAGACCCGGCUGGAGGGGCCCCCCCGGCCCCAAGGGCGACGCGGGAGGACGGGGACCCUCGGGAAUUCCUGGAGUGAAGGGGCCAGUGGGGCCUCCAGGUCCCCCCGGCCCCCCAGGACCACCCGGCCGGGAUGGAGCCAGGGGGCUCCCCGGAGAGAAAGGGUCCCCCGGGCCCCCCGGCCCCCCGGGCCCCCCUGCCCCUGUGGGGCCGGCGAUUCCCCGGCUGGCCGAGCCCGGGGACCCCGUCCUCUCCAACACCUUCACCGAAGCCACCGGGAGCAUCAUGGGUCCCGUGGGACCCCCCGGACCCAUCGGGCCAAUGGGUCCCCCCGGCCCCCCAGGUCCCAUUGGUCCCCCCGGGCCCCCAGGACCCCAUGGCAGAGCAGGAGCGCCCGGGGCUGCCGGGCCCCCCGGCGAGAAGGGGGACAGGGGUCCCCAGGGCCACCCGGGCAGCCGCGGGCAGGACGGGGCACAGGUACGUGGGUGGGUGGGGCCCCCCCCGGGCGCAGCCCCCCGUGCCCCCCCUGCCAGGCCCUCUCCUCUCUGUGUUUCAGGGCGAGCCGGGCCCCCGGGGCGAGCCGGGCGAGAGGGGCACUUGGGGGGAGGGUUUGCACCAGCUCCGCGAGGCGCUGAAGAUUUUAGCGGAGAGGGUUUUAAUCUUGGAAACAAUGAUUGGGCUCUACGGCCAGUAGCUUCCAAACCCUCCUGCGGCAGCAGGCCCGGCUGGAGGUCCUGGCUAGAAGGGUCACCUUGCUGGAAGCCAUCAUCUGGCCAGAGCCAGAGCCCGGCUCGGGCAGCGGUGCCCCCGGGGUGCCCCGCGGCAAGCGUGGCAGCGGCCACCCCCCCUACCGCAUCGUCACCGCCCCCCGCCGCGGCCCCCCCGAGCCGUGACAGGGCCGGGGGCGUCACCCCGGUCACCGCGCUGUGCCACCCUGCGGAGCAGGACGGGGUCACCCCCCGUCCCCUCUCUUGGUGCUACUGGUGGCACGGCACCCUCCCCCCGACGCUUCGCCCCCAUCGCCGCUGCUUGGGCCCCCGGGAGCGCCAGGGGUGUCCCCAAGGCCACUUCUGUCCCCCUGCCAUGGUGCAGCUCCGGGGGAUGGGUUCUGUCCCAUCCCGUCCCCCCCAGCCUGGGGGAGGGGAUUGGGGGGCUGGCGGCGGGGACCCCCGGGCGGGGAGCCCGCUGCGCCGCGCGCUUCGCUGCUUCGGGACCCGCCAGGCCAUUAAAUGUCCCCAAACACGUGUCCUGUGGGGCGGCUCGCAGGCGACACCGAGUGACCUGACGUGCCGGGAAGUGACGUCAGGCGAACGCGGGACACCCACGGCUCACCGCGUGCCGCCAGGCACGAUGCGUGACGUCACAGCGGCCCCGCGCCGCCCGCUACGCCGCAAUGACAUCACGACGCCGACCAUGACGUCACGCCCCCGCCGCGCUCCUCGCUCCGCCUCGCGGCCCGAGCGCCUCUUGCGCGACGGUCCCUAA